AUCACAACCCGGAAACGAGACAUCGUCUGACGUGUUUGUUGUCAAAAAUCAUCUGACGAGAGCAGGAGAGCCAUCAACCCGAGGGCCAUCUGUCAAAUCACUUGUUCUUAUUGGCCAUUUCUCAUAAAACGUCUGGAAGCACAUAAAAUGCCUUUGACGACGUGUGAAACGGUCGCAAAUCUGAAUUACCCAAGUUAUGCCAUCGUUAGCAUGACUGGCCGGCAUAUUGUGGUCGGAGGAGGUGGAGGAGCAGCGAAGACCGGGAUCAUGAACCAAUUUGAUGUUUUUGAGUUGUAUCAUGAUGGAAAACAGACAGUUGGAGAGCGAGUUUUGUCCCACGAUGUUGGUGAUUACUGUAUAACCAAUAUGGCCGGCUGGGCAGAGAAAAAUAAGUCAGGAAAGGGUGAAUCUCCAAGCUUCAUGCUCUCUAUUGGUUUAGAAGAAAAGUGUGAUCUGAUGAAACUUACACAAACCAUAAAAUCGAUGGAGGUAGAAGAAAACUCAACAGAAAUGCAAGCCAAAAAAGGAAAAGGCCAGCAUAAAGCAAUAAGGAAGAGGAGAGGGAGUGAAAGAAAUGCAGAAGAAGGGACAACUAUAGCUGGGGAAGAAGCUAAAAAGGAGAGGAAGAGAAGAAAAUCAGUCAAUACAACGCUGCGCGGUGAAAAAUAUUUUUCCUUCAUUGUGGAGAAAAUAUCAUCAACUGAAACAGUUUCCAAGAAGCAGACUGAAGAAGAACCAUAUCAGAAAUGCUGCAGAGUGUCACCAGACCAUAAAUUAUUGGUAACAGGAGGAACAGAUGGUUAUGUUAGAGUGUGGGGAUUACCAGCAAUGACCAAAGUGAAAGAUAUAAAAGCUCAUGAAAAAGAAGUAGAUGAUUUGGAUAUUAAGCCAGAUGGAAAGCAG